AUGGCCUAUGCUGGGGCCAAAUCAGAAUUUGACCCAUUGAGCAUUAAGAGGAGGAGAUCAGAUAUGUCGAAAGGCAUAAAGGGAGCUAUCGCGAGUUUGGCCUUGUUGGGACUCGGCGUUUUUCUGUGUGCGAGUCCGGCGGCAGCGCAGUUGGCGGUCUCUGGGGAUGUAGCGGAUACAGACGAUCUUGCCCCCAGUCCUGUCGGCGAAGUACAGGCUGGGUUCAACGAAGGCGGAAGGAGUAUCACUAUCUCUUGGACCUUGUCUGGCGACGACGUCACGCGCCAGACUCCGACGAGUAGCGACUUUACGACGGGCGGCACCUUUGCCAACGUCAACGAUGUCGCUGGUUACAAUAUAUGGCGUCGUCUCGCCGAUGACUCUGACGGCAACUUGGCAAUAGUCGGCACCGUUGGUGCCGGCGUGACGUCCUUAGUUGAUGCCUCGAUCAACGUGAGCGCGGGGAGCAGGCGGUAUUUCUACAUGGUCUCGGUCGUCGAUCCUAGCGGCAACGAGAGCGCUCCCAUCGAGUCCGCUGAAGUCAGGAACAUGUUGCUCCUCGGCGACUUUGACUACGAUGGCGAUGUGGACCUUUUAGACUACGGCAUUUUCCAAGCCAACUUUGGCCGAGCCGAAUUCAAUCCUGCCACAGAUAUCGACGGCAACGGCGUGGUUGACCUCGAGGACUUUUUCCUUUGGGCCGACAACCUAGGUGCCAAUUUGUACUAG